GGGACACCGGGGGGCCGGCCCCCGCGGCCCCCUUACACCGGCCGACCCCGGAUCCAGCACUCCCACGGCCGCCAAGGCCACCCACGCGUCGCUGAUGCUGGUGGCUGCCGGAGACCGGAGCUAGAGGCAGAGUCCAGGUGCCAGGGCCGGUGCCGCCGAGAACAAAAAGCCGACAGCUUAUUAGCGUGCAGUUAAGGAGCACCCAUCCUCUGCGUGCUGGCGGGCGGCUGAGCACCCUCUAUCCCCGCAGGGGGUGGAACCAUGAAGCUGAACGAGCGGAGCCUGGCCUUUUAUGCCACCUGCGACUCCCCGGCCGACAACGCCGGCUUCCUCUACAAGCGUGGUGAGCGGCACACGGCAUACCAUCGCCGCUGGUUCGUGCUGAAGGGCAACAUGCUCUUCUACUUCGAGGAGCGGGAGAGCCGGGAGCCAGUGGGCGUCAUCGUGCUGGAGGGUUGCACCGUGGAGCUCUGCGAUUCGGCCGAGGAAUUCGCCUUCACCAUCCGCUUCGGCGGCACCAAGUCUCGCACCUACGUGCUGGCAGCCGAGAGCCAGGCUGCCAUGGAGUCGUGGGUGAAGUCGCUCUCGCGAGCCAGCUUCGACUACAUGCGCCUGGUGGUGCGGGAGCUGGAGAAGCAGCUGGAGGAGAUGCGCUGGGGGCCAGCCGGUGGAUGCGGGGGCUGCCGGGGGUUGCCCGGCUCCUGGAAGCCGAAGCCCUUAGGGCCGGAGCAGUCACCGGAGCGGCUGCCAGCUCUGCCUGCUGUCCUGCCAAAGGAGAACGGUUGCGCAGUGUGGAACAACGUGCCGGGAGUGGACCGGCCACCCGACGCCUCUGGUUGCGGUGGGCACGAUAGCGAGGGGAACCCGCGGCCACCGCCACUGCCACCGCGCAGGCGGGCAUCAAGCAGCGAGGCAGGCAGCGCCGGGGUGGCCACGGCAGAGAGCCUGUCCACCUUCUGCCAGCUCCACGAGCGGUAUGGCCGGGAGGUGGCCCGGCUGCGGCAGGACUGGCUGGAGAGGCGGCGCGGCCCCCGGCCCUGAGAGGCAGCCGAGCCCUGGGGACCCGCCAGGACCUGUGGCCGGGAGGAGGUGAUCAUCCUUGGUGCCGCCUCGGUCCCCUCCUCACCCCGGGAUGUGCAGCCCUGUCCAUGGCAGUGAUGGACACGUGCUGAUGGUGCCACCAAGGGCCCAGCACCAAGGGACAGCAGUGCUGCUCUGUGACGGCGAAACGCCAGCUCGGCACCGAUGGCAGCUGGGCUCGGCAUGCCGCCGGCCAAGCGUGAAAGCCCUGGGCUCUCGGGGCUGCCAGGCUCUUGGGCAUCUCGUGCCAGGCAGUGGGUGCACCCCACCGGCCAUGCCCGGGUAUGGGUGCAGGGUUGUCCACCCAGCGCAAGCAAGCUAUGAACCGCUUGCUGGCUGAUGCCUCCUGGGAAUCGGCCGCUGCACUGGGUCUGGUGGGGCCUCUUGAUGCUCUUGCAGCGGGAUCGUGCACUGACAAUGCUUUUGGAGGAGGAUUUUGGUGGGAUCUCACCCGCCUGAGCCCCUGCAUGGGUGUUUCACAGCCGGGGAGCCUGCUAUCGCCUUCCCCUCCCUGCCCGGCACAAGCGACUGACUGAGGUCGGCUGAGCUCCGUGAGAUCCCUCUGCUCCAGCAGGAUGUGGUUUGAAAAUGAAAAUAUCAGCGAGUGCAGCCCUUCCUUAAUGGCAGCAGCACCACACA